GUUUUUAGCUAAAAACGAAGUUAAAAUGAGUUAAAAGGCGUUAAACGGUUCUUUGCAUGUUACUUAUAACAUUGCCAUUUAUUGAAUGAAUUAAGAGUUUUUCGUGGAUCGUGCAUACAAAAUUUGAUAAAUUUGGAUUUUGUUUGUUCCGAUUUACUCGGAAGUAUUUGACAGCAUAUUGUAAUUUACAAAAUGUUCACUGCUAACGCUAAAAUAAUAAAGAGUGGUGGCGCCGAACCUGAUGCGUUCGAAGCCAGCAUUUCGCAAGCUCUUUUGGAGCUAGAAAUGAACAGUGAUUUAAAGUCGCAGUUGAGAGAACUGUACAUCACGAAAGCACGCGAAAUAGAAACUAAUAACAAAAAGUGCAUCAUUAUAUAUGUACCAAUGCCAAAGCUGAAAGCUUUCCAGAAAAUUCAAACUCGACUUGUACGUGAAUUAGAGAAAAAGUUUUCUGGAAAACAUGUAAUGUUUGUUGGAGAGCGUAAAAUUUUACCCAAACCAACGAGAAAGACACGCACCAAGAACAAGCAAAAGAGACCAAGAAGCCGUACCUUGACUGCAGUAUAUGAUGCACUGCUCGAAGACUUGGUAUAUCCUGUUGAAAUUGUUGGCAAACGCAUCAGAAUUAAACUGGAUGGUACACAGCUCAUCAAAGUUCAUUUGGACAAAAAUGAACAAACAAACAUUGAGCAUAAGGUUGAUACCUUUGCUGCUGUGUAUAAAAAAUUAACUGGUCGGGAUGUAACAUUCGAAUUCCCUGAAACCUAUGUAUAAUUCGUUACAAAAAUAAAAAAUAUUUGAAAUA